UCGGCAACCGCAUAGUACGCACAACGCAGACCGAACACACGUUGGUACCGGCGCGGAACCUUGGAACACUCCAAAAUACCGAACAGUGCCCUGCGCGAGUGACUGUGUGUGGAUCUAUUGUUGAUGAUAGAUUCCUCAGUCCCACCCCCGACGAAUUUGUGCCCAGGAACUAUUUUUGUGAAUGAGUGUAAUAUGAUACAGUGCACAUUGGAAUAAAUUGGAGAAUCGGGAUAACAGCAAACAAAAUCAGACAUGGACGCAGACAGUAGUUACGGUGGGAGCGACACAGCUCAGGACUCCCACUCAGGUCACGAGACCAACUCAUCGUUGGAGACGACCCUGCCCCACAACGAAAUAGAAGUCACAACCGCCACACACCACAUGGCCACCCCCACGCAAGAACAGGAGCCCCAACAGUUCUACCACAAGAACGAAGUCACCCUACCCAUCAAUUUCGACGAAACUGAUGACGUGCAAGUUACUAAGUCGAAAGAACCCCAUUAUUUGUCCACGGCGAACCUGAACAUCAACGAGACGCUAGAGCAUCACAGCAACUUGGAGGAGAUGAGCAAGAACUACAAGUCCACCAACUAUCUCAACAUGGACGAUCCCCCGACUGGUAAAGACGUGGUCGUUGGCGUGGACAAUCCGGCCUUCCAGGAGGACGAACCCAACAACGACAACAGGAAGAGCACCUUCGACAACAAGAAACCCUACAACGGGGACCUUAAGAAAAACUACCCGGAACUGAACAUGUCGUCACCAACGAAACCUCCGGCGGAGGAGCCGAUGGCGGAGGCUGUGAACUUGGAGUUGAUUAACCUGAGACCUGGAGCGGGCCAAGAUGUCACGGGUCCAUUCAUCAUGACCAACGGUACUAAUGGUACUAAUGGUACCACCGGAAUACCAGUUAAAAAAGAUAACGACGAACCUGGUAAUCCCUAUGAUGAAUACUUUGUGCCCGUCAACGAACACAAGAAAUACAUGAGGGGCGAAAAACUGUAUUUGACCAUGGACAAAAGGAACAAGAAGUCUCGAAGCAAAUGUCUCUGUUGGGGACUGUGCAUUUGUAUAAUCGCUGCAGCCAUAAUUGUGGCCAUCUGCGCAGCAGUUGGAUUAUUCAGCAAUCAAACUGCGGAACCAAUAACUGGAAGAAAUUUCCCAAAUGACGUUGGACGAGUUGUAGGAGAAAGAAAAACACCAUCACCACCUAGCAGUACUAUUUCAAGCAUACCACCAUCUACGGAAACCUCAAUGAUCAAAGUGCCGAGAGUUUUGGAAUCACAAUUUAUAAUAGACAAUCACCAAUUUGAUCCUUCCCUAAGUUACCAUGACAGCCCCGAAUUCAAAGAUAUGGCUAAACAACUCGAAGAACAAAUCAAAGAAAUGUUGCUAGCUGAUCCUUCACUGAAAAGUAAAAACUUCAAAGUUAAAGUCAUGGAUUUUGGACCUGGAAGUAUAGUUGUUAGAUACCGCAUAACUUGGGAGGCAGAUGACAACACUGAAGACAUUUUAGACCCCAAAUCGUUGAACGAAUUGGUACGCACCAAACUUGGCAACAGCGAAAGCAGCAUGGACAACUUCCAUAUUCCAGAAAGCACUGUAACAUCGAACCAUGUCGUAGAUUUGUGUAAAAUCGAUAACAAUAACUGUGAACAUGAAUGCCAGUUUGACUACACCAUUGUUGAUUUCAUUUGUACUUGCCCACAAGGUGCAGUUCUGAAAGAAGACGGAAAACAUUGUCAACUUGAAGAUGCGUUUACUUCUCACAUUGUCCACACACACGAAAGUUUUGAAAACGAUCAUUCCCAAGCCGAACCAGAACCAACUUCUCUACCUGAACCUGCCCCAUCUCCAGAACCAGAACCGGCUGCCGAACCUGAACCGACUGCUGAGCCAGAACCUGAACCCUCUGCCGAACCAGAGCCAUCAGCAGAACCCGAACCAUCUGUACAACCGGAGCCAUCCGCAGAACCAGAGCCAUCCGCAGAACCAGAGCCAUCCGCAGAACCAGAGCCAUCUGCAGAGCCAGAACCAUCUGCUGAACCAGAACCAUCUGCUGAACCUGAACCAUCUGCUGAACCUGAACCGUCCGCCGAACCUGAACCAUCCGCUGAGCCUGAACCUACAAUACAACCUGAACACACCCACGAAGAUAUCCACGAAACGGAACUUCCACCUCUUGAAGAACUAGUACCAGCGCCUGAACCCACUGCUGAGCCUGAACCAACGGCCGAACCGGAACCAACAGCGGAACCUGAACCAACGGCGGAACCGGAACCAAAAUCGGAACCAGAACCAACGGCUGAACCUGAACCUAAAUCUGAACCAGAACCAACAUCUGAACCUGAAACCCACACUUUAGCAAGUGGAAUUGUAAAUGGACAUGAAGUCGAAGAAACACCCACAACAACUCCAGUAAUAAACGAAACUGAAAGAGUUCACAUUCCUUUAGCUGAGAUUCACCAUAUACCUACAACUAUGAUUCCUGAGACUACAACCACGCACGAUCAUGAAUCCAUAACUAUGGUGAUGACAGACAUAGAAAAAUCCAAGAUAGAAGAAGGAAAUAAUUCCGAAAGCAUGAUUCAUGAACCGACUGAUGAAAACAAUCAAGAAGCCACUACCACUCCAAAAAUACAAGAAAAUAAUGAAGCACAUAUAACGAUGAGCUCAGUUGAAGAAGUUGAAGAACAUAACGAAGCAAGGGGGCAUGAUGUUUUCAUACCCGUUGCAGUUGGAGUCGAAACAACAACCCAAAAAAUUAUGGAAGAAGACAAGUCUGUAAUUGACACAGAACAUCCAAUGAUGGAAGCAGUAACAGAAAAUGUCGAGGUUACCGUUAUGAAUAACAAGGAAGAGUCGGAACAGACUAUAACACCCCAUGACGGAAUAUUUGUACCAGUAGCUAUUCUGCAUGAAACUACAACUCAGAAACAGGAGGAACAUAAAACUGAAAUGCCAGAGGAUUCCCUCAUGAAAUUAAAGGAAUCUAAUACCGAAAUGCCGCUAGAAGAAGGAAGAAGUCACGGUUUUGCAGCAGUAGAAGUUGUUGCCGAAACAACUACUCACAAGAGUGUUGAAGAGAGUAACACUUCCGUUCCUGUCGUUACAGAGCACGAAACAACUCAAAAUAUAGAAGAAAGUUCAAUGAAUGAUGACCAUGAAAUGACAACUCAUAAAAUAAUGGAUCACACCAACAUAUUACUUCCAGUCAAUGUUGGACAUGAUUCAACUACUCAAAACGUGUUAGAUGAAACCAACACUCUUGUCCCAGAAAUUGUAGAACAUGAAAAUUCAAGCCAUACAUUGAUUGAAGAAACAGCAACAGAAGUAUCAAAAGUUGAGGAGACAAAAACAGACGCACCAGAACAUGAAGGCCAUGAUGUAUUGGUUCCAGUUGUAAGUCAAGAGGAUUCUGAAACACACACCACGACUGUUAGAAUUACUACUACUACUCCAGAAAUUGUUACAAUCGCUCUCUCCAUAAACAGCUUACCUGACAUACAAUCAAACGCAACUUCCUCUGAAGGAAAAAUUUAUGAAAUUACUUCACAACCUACAAUAGUAAGUCACGAAGAACAUGGUCAAGUAGUAAACGGUUCACACGGAUUUUAUGAAACGGAACAUCCAAAUACUGUUGAUAUGAGUCCAUUCUUACCAUACAUUGAGACUGAUAAUACUCUUCAUACAGAUGAACAUUUUGAUGAUCAUAGAUUUAUGGUACACAAUGAUAAUGAAACUGAAAAUGACGCAGAAGUAAAACCGCCACGUUUGGACAAUGAUCAAAUCAAUGUCACAAACCCACAAGAUCCGGAGCCUACUGAUACAACCGUUUUAGAAGUAAUUCCUCUAACACAAACUGAUGAAAAGAGUGAGAAAGUUGAUGAAAUGAAACAAGAAAUUACUACAACACCAAAUGAAAUGCUUGAGAAAGAAGUUGGUACAGAAACACAAAAUGACAUCAAGAGUGAACAAGUCGUAGAAGUAAAACAGGAAAUUACUACGUUACCAAAUAUGAUGGUUCAGAAAGAUAUAUCUACUGAAACGAUUACUACUAUGCUCCCACCAAAAAUGGAAACUGAAACGAUUUCAUCCAAUCAAGAAAAAACAGAUAAUGUAACUCAUUCUGAAGAUAAUGAAGUUAAUUUAUCUAGUGAAGAAAGUACUACAGUGGCCACUGUUCAGAAAGAUGAUACGCCAAUAGAAAAUAGAGAAACUGAAGAUGAGAUAACUCUUGCUCCUGAGAUCAUCAAUAACGUACACAGCAAUAUCAAUUUUGAACAGGCAAUUUUAAAAUCUGAAAAAACUACUACAACGCCUCUUCCAGUAACUACCACACCAGAGUCUGCUCACCCAGCUAAUUCCGUAAACAAUUUUAAAGACAUUAGUUCCAGCACUGAAGAUUUGAUAGCCUUAGAAACUACAACAAAUGGGCAGAAAAUUGCUCAAGAACAUACUCAAACUGUUUCAGAAAUAAACACUGAACCAAACGAACUUAUUGGAACUACAAUCCAUGCAGAAAUUUUACACACAGUCACUGAAAUUGUUCAUGUUAUGAAUGAAACAGAAGCACAACCAACUACUAUGGCGCCCGUUGAAACAACAAUGCCGCCAAUGGAGUUAUCAUCGAUUGAAAGUGUCGUAUCAUCAUCAUCCGAAGCUUCAACUGAAACAAAUUCAAAUGAAACUAUGUCUUCAUCUACUGAGUUGGCCUCAUCAACACAAGAAGCACAACAUGAAUACAAGGUUAAUGAAGCUGUGACUGAUAUUACUACAACUGAAAAAUUCUUUGUACCAACCAAAUCCACCACAGAAGCUGCCGAUUUGGAAUUAUCUAACGAACAAGAUUUAACAGUUGAACCAUUGCAUAAAGACAAUCUUCUACACAAUGAAGAACAUUUUAAUCAAUUAGACUCAGCUGAUUCUAAUAAUUUUAAUGACAUUUCUGAUGAAGAAAAGAGUGUGCUAGACAAAUUCCAUCACAAUGACUUACAUAAUUUAGACACCACUGAUGUUUCAAAAGAAGCAACAAUUGAACCGGUUACUGAUUUGCCAGAACCUUCGGAAGACAAAUACGAAAAAUACAAUAAGAAAAGUUAUUUGGAGGACAAAAAUAAAUAUUUUGAAAAGAAACUUAAACUCGAUAAGGAGAUCGUUGUAACAACAGAUGAAAUUCCUACAACGAUUAAAUCUUCUGAGGUAAAACCUGUUACGGAAGAUUAUACAUUACAGAGUUUCUCACGGUGUAACAACAAUGAAUUCCAAUGUAUUAAUGGAACGUCCACUAAAGAUGGCAGUUAUUGUAUUCCAAUUUUGGAUGUGUGCGAUUCGGUUGACGAUUGCACGGACGGAUCUGAUGAACUCAAUUGCAAGGAAAAAGGGUGUCCCAACAACUUCCAAUGUGCAAGCGGACAGUGUUUGAAGAGACAUUUAGUCUGUGAUGGAGUCAUUAACUGCAACGAUGGAACUGAUGAAGCUAAUUGCGAUGAAUGGAAAUGUAACGACGAUGAAAUAUCAUGUGGAGAAAAGAAUCGUUGCAUUCCAUCCGCAUGGAAAUGCGACGGCAAAUCUCAAUGUCCAAACGGUAUUGAUGAAGUUAAUUGCACCUGUUCCGAAGAUCAAUUUAACUGUCCGGCAAGCAACAAAUGCAUUUCAGUUACAUGGCUAUGUGAUGGCGAAAAAGACUGUCAACAUGGAGAAGAUGAAAUGAAAUGCGAUUGUGGAGAAAACGAAUUCAAAUGUGCUACAGUUGCAGGAUGUGUUUUACAUGACCAAAGAUGUGAUGGUAUCUAUCAGUGUUCAGAUCGAUCGGAUGAAUGGGAUUGUCUUAGACUGGAGGACAUAGAUAGCAAACCAUUGCUUCAAGUACAAGCUAGCAAUAAUACUUGGUAUCCUGUGUGCUAUGACAACUGGAAUCGCACAUAUGCUGAUUUGACUUGUCAAACCCUUGGAUAUUCGGAGGCUUCCCUACUGGAAUCCGUUUCUAAACCUGUGGGAUUGGAUGUUAAUAGUUAUUACAAACUAAAAUCGCAAUUAACAUUUGGAUCACCUAUUUUAUCCCAACUAGAAAAGACCGAUAGUUGCGAAUCUUUAGUAUUACUCAACUGUCAAGAAUUUGGUUGUGGAACUCCAACAAGUGAGCCGCCAAUCGCCAGAAUCGUAGGUGGAAGCAAGGCAUCCGAUACACAAUGGUCUAGCCUUGCACUUUUAUACAACAAGAACCAAAACAUUCAAUGUACGGCAACGGUAUUAUCCCCAUUGUGGGCUGUUGCUAGUUACAGUUGUAUAACAACUAAAUCGUCUCCCAGUGGCUUAGUUCCAAGAGAAUGGGUUUUAUAUGCUGGCAGCACCAACUUCUUCAGUGGAGAUAAUUCAAGCACACAAACUAGAUUGGUGAAAGAAAUAAUAACGCACCCACAGACUAAAUUCAUUCAAACUCAAUACAAUAACGACAUAGUUCUAAUUCGUUUGAACGCUGCUUUGACUUUAAGCACAAAUGUAAGCGCAAUUUGUUUACCUGACAAGGAAAUCGAACCAAGACAACUUUGUGUAAUUGCUGGCUGGGGAACUAGUCAACCUGGAGAAUCUAACAAGCAACAGUACCUUCACUAUUUACCCAUUCCAUUGGUUGACCGCGAGGAAUGUAACUCCACCAAGCAUUACAAUGGCAUGCUCACCAAAGACAAAAUUUGUGCUGGUUACUCAGAUUCAGACAAAACACCUUGCUAUAACGAUGAAGGAGCUCCUUUAAUGUGCUUCGACGACGCGACAAACACGUGGGAACUUCAGGGAGUCCUUUCAAGUCACGAGAACUGCGGAAGGACGAAACACCCAGCAAUUUACACGGCGGUAACAGAGAAACUAAGGCAAUGGAUUCUCAACACAGUUGGCAGGAAGGCACUGACGCGAACUGUUUGAAUACGGAGGUAGCUGGAUAAAUCGCUGUGAUUUUUUGAUUGAUAAGCAAGUCGUUCCUUAAUAGUAGUAUUAUUGAUGGACAUUAAGAAUUAGGAUGAAGAUUAAGAACGACUUACUUUUGUAAAAAGAAAAUAGACUGUAUAUUUAAUUGUAUAUGAAUCCUAAAUCUAUUAUUUUGCCUUCAAUGUUCUUAUAAAUAAAUUAAAUCCUGAAUUUGUUGCAACCUGAUACGUUAAAAGUAAUGAUUGCAGAUCAGUCAAAAACUGUAAAGACUUUAACGGAUGAUAGAUAUUGAUUUUUUCAAAAAAAUUACUUGUAUAUUAGUCUUUUUAUGCCAUUCUUUGUAUUUAGCUCAAUUAUCUUUUAGAGUUUAGUAUUAAUAAGUACCAAUUAUUUUAAUUGUUAUAUGCGAUCUACCAGUUUGUUUAUUGUUUUUACUUCUUUAUUACAUAAUUAUAUAACAAAUGUUUUCUCCGUUCUGUUCUGGAUAGAUAGGGAAAACAAAUCAGCAACCCCUAUUUAAUAAUUUAUAUAUUUUUAGUUAUUAUUUAGUUCUCCACCAAUAUUCUGUAAAUAUUGUAUAUUUAAGAAAGAAUUUUAUUUGUAUGUAAACAGGCUAACGAAGGUCCAACCGUCUUUCAAAAAAAUGUCCUUCCAAAUUUUUUUGAAUCGCUAGUCAUAUAGCAAUUUAGUGCCAAUGCGCAAAACAAGACGGUACAGACCAUGUAAAUACUCCUUUUAUUUUUAUUAUAUUACUAUAAUGUGUAAUAAAAUUAUACUAUAUACAAAAAUAAAAAUUAA